AUGGCCGACAACGCCCCGACGUCAGCCAGCUCGCUGCUCAAGGACGCCGCCGCGCAGUCUGCAGCCACCGCGGACGAGGUCGCCAAACAGCACGACCUGCUCCCCAAGCUCAUCCCUUACCUCGACCGCCAGCUCAUCUUCCCGCUGCUCGAGUUUGCCUCUAACCAGGAGGAAGACGACGAGGCCAUCGACCAGAUCACAAAGUCCAAAUAUGAGCUACUCAAGCAUACCAACAUGGCCGACUACAUCGCCAGUCUCUGGCAGGAGAUCAACGAUUCCGAUAACGUACCAGAGGAAUUUGUCACGAAACGGGAGGAAGUCGUCCAGAAACUGCAACACUACGUCGACGAGAGCAGCAAGAUCACAGAGCUUCUCCAGGACGACGCCGUUGUGGGUAACCUGCGCAGUGACAAGGCCGCCAACUUGAAAUUCCUCGAGGAGCAGCACGGCGUCACCAUCGAGAUGGUCAACACUCUCUACGAAUUUGGUCGAUUCCAGUAUAGCUGUGGCAGCUACGGCAAUGCCGCCGAGCUCCUAUACCAAUUCCGUGUCCUGUCCACAGAUAACGACAAGGUUGCCGCCGCUACGUGGGGUAAACUCGCCUGCGAGAUCCUGACUACCAACUGGGAGGGCGCCAUGGAGGAAAUCACCAAGGUCAAGGACUCAAUCGACACGCGUCUCUUCAAUAAUCCGCUGGGACAACUCCAGCACCGCUCAUGGCUCAUCCACUGGUCUCUCUUCCCUUUCUUCAACCACGAACCCGCCCGUGAUGUGCUCACAGACAUGUUCUUCCACCCCGCCUACAUCAACACCAUCCAAACCGCUUGCCCCUGGAUCCUCCGCUACCUCACCGCCUCCGUCAUCACCAACCGCAGCCGCGCACACAAGAACUCCUCUCUCUACCAGAAGCAGCUCAAAGACCUCAUCCGUGUCGUCCGACAGGAAGAAUAUGAAUACCAAGAUCCCAUUACCGAGUUCGUCAAGGCUCUCUAUAUCGAUUUUGAUUUCGAGGAGGCCCAGAAGAAACUUGGCGAAGCUGAGGAAGUUCUACGGAGUGACUUCUUCCUCGUUGCUGCCGCAGAUGCGUUUGUCGAGUCCGCCAGACAUUUAAUAUCAGAGAGCUAUUGCAAAAUCCAUCAGCGAAUCGAUAUCAAUGACCUCUCCACCCGCCUUGGUCUAAGUCAGAAUGAAGGCGAGAAGUGGAUUGUUAACCUGAUCCGCGACACUCGCGUUGACGCCAAAAUCGAUUACAAGGAAGGGACCGUUCUAAUGAACCACCCUCCCCAGUCAGUCUACCAGCAGGUCAUCGAGAAGACGAAGGGAGCUUUCUUCAGAACACAGGUCUUAAGCUCGGCUGUUGCCAAAUAA